AUGGCGCAGACAGGACAGACAGGGCUGCCUGGCCUGACUCUACCACUCGACUACACCCCCGACACCGAUGACCACCAGGUCAUGUUUCCCCGUGGCCUUGACUGGAAAGUGGUGGAACGAGGAGCUUGCAAGUACGUGGCCGCGCUUGACAUUCUUUGUACUUUUGCCAACAUACUGACCAACAUCCGGUUUCAUACACUUCGUGAAAUUUUUAUCAUGAGAAUGAUCAACGAUCUUACGGAGGAGGAGGGGUGGCAUUGGCGUGAGAAGAUUUCGAGGGUUCGAUGGGUACAUGCCAUCAAAGCUGCCUUCAAAAGAAACAAGAAUGACGUUACUUCCUCUAUGCUCAAGUGGGUCAUUGACGAACGUCGCUGGAGGGCAUUCCUUUUCAAGCAGUCGGGAUUCACACUCGCUUUCGACGCCAUCUUCAAGUCUGAUACUGUGAUUGGUUCCGAGCUUCACCAGAAGUUUAAACAGCUGGUAGACCCGUUUGAGCAAAAGAUGGAUGAGAAAGACUCGUCUAAGAGCUGGAAGAUUGUCGAUCCAGCCAGAUAUCCAUUAGCCUACGGCAUCACCCGAGUUGUUCACAAUGAAACCAUCCACUUUGACAACUGCCUUAACGCGAUCGGAAAAGGCUUUCCCCUCUUUCUCUGCAUCCCGGGCUCGGGCGCAGCAGCAGCGGACCCUCUCUGCCCAAAAGUUCAAACAAUGCCUAUCAAUCCAGGACCACCUCCACAGGAAUACGACCGAUGGGGGAGGGAAGUGGAGCCCAAGCCAUACAGCUGGUGUGAUGAACGGUCCCAACUUCUGCCCUGCGACCUGACACUGAAGAAUGGUCAGUGGUGUAUCACUUCCUACAUCAAUGGCCUCCACCCCAGGAAGGAUCAACAACUCUACAUCACGAUCCAGGAAAUCAUAAACCAGUGUAUGCAACCAUGGGGCGGGUGUCUUGCACAGUGGAGCGCCAGAUGGAAUCGCAUUUCACAUUCACGAGCUGUAUUCCAGUCCCCAUUGGGGAGGCUCGUGGUACCAGAAUGUCUCUUUGACGACCGCGCAUUGGAUUGGAUUGACUGGAAAGUUGAUAAGUGGAGGCAACGUCGAUCUAUCAAGCUCCCAGAGCCCGCGGAAUUUGAUAGCUCCAAAAUCCCUCAACGAAAAGUCAAUCUCACUGAGAAGUUUGGGUCCACUGGAAUUCAAGUCAUUGUUCAACUCGAAAGUGUUUUUCUCAAACCCAGAAAGGAACUAGGAGAAGGAUGGAAUAUGGUCGCCAGUGAUCAUUGGCAUUUACAGGGUCAUUUGAACGAACACAUCUGUGCGACUGCGGUGUAUUGCUUUGGCCAAGAAAACCUUGCCAGAUAUGGCUUUCAAUUCCGCCAACGUUCUGACGAAAGCCAAAAGGUCCUCAAUAGCAGAGAGUACGAGCAUCAGCCAGUCUGGGCUGAUGUUUGUCGAGAGGUGUUCGGUUACGAGAUGGAUGGUGAUGAUCUUUCAGUCUACCAGUGUCUCGGCUGGGUCCCAAUUCCUGAGCGUCGGCUAGUGGCUUUUCCAAAUACAAUGGAGACGCGAAGCAUAUACUCAUUGGAAGAUGUGUCAAAACCUGGCCGCUGCAAACUCCUGACUCUAUCGCUCGUUGAUCCGCACAUGCGAAUUAUCUCUACCUCCAAGGCUCUUCCUCAACAACCGGAAUUGUGGGCCCCGAGACAGCAGUUGAUCAACACAUUUCUGAGAUCCAAACUCCCUCAGGAGCUGGUGGAUAUGGUGCAGCAGUAUCUCUCCGAGGCCGAAGAUGGCCCAUUGUCUCCGGAACGACACAAGCUGAUCACGCAGGCUUCUGUUGCGAGCAGGAGAAUGUUGGAGAAAAAUCAAAAGAAGAUCUUCGGGCUUCCCAAGUCGCAUAACCCUUGGCGUACAUGG